AUGGCUCUGAAAGCGAGAUUCCUCCCUUGCCUUCGUAUAAAACAGAGAAAGUUCUCUUCGCGUCCUUCCCGGGAACAAAAUCAGAUAGACGACACAAUCGCCGCCAUUCGCCUACGAACACGACAUCAUGAUCCUUACGAAGAAUGGGAGAAAGAUAUGAAGAAAGAUUCGUUGCGUGCUGCCCGCAAGAAUUACAAUGAUUCAGAAGCUCAAUUCAUCCGUUAUCAGAAUCAGCGUCGGAUAGAGGACUCAAAACGACUUGCCGCCGCAUUCAAACAAGACGAAAUGCAACUCAUACAAAAGUUGGAUGGUUUACGUCUCCAGCAACAAGCGCGAGAAAAGACUCUUCAAGAGAAAUUGGCUGAACGUAAUGAGAUUCUAUGGAAAAGGAUUGAGGCGUCGAUCAAGCUUGAACAAGAUAAAGAGCAAGUGAAAUUGGAUGAGCAGCGGCGGGUCAGAGAGGAGGCGGAGAAAAGGCGGAGAGAAGAGGAAGAAAAUGCAAGACGAGAAGAGCAACGAAGGAGAGAUGCAGAGGAGCAGAAGAGACGGGAAGAGGAGGGGGAAAAACGGAAGAAGGAAGAAGAGGAGCGAAGGUUGCGGGAGGAGAAAGAAGCUGCGAUACAAGAGGCUAAGGAGCGCGAAGAGAGACUGAAAUCGGAGGAGGAGAACAGGAAAGCUGCGGGUAUGACCACAUCCGAAGAGGACUGGAAAGAAGCGCGCAAGAACCUUCAGGUUGUCAAAACACAAGGAACACGGCUUGUCAAAGCAACUCCAACCUUGAAACCCACUUGGAGUAGUGCAAGACGCGCUAUAACUGCCAAGAUCGGGCAGUUGACGAAUGAUGCUGAAACUAUCAACCGGGUGUCCUCUCAACUCGUUGAAAUCCUGCUACCAGUAAAUAGACCACUCCCUCCUCCAGUAUAUACCGCCCUCCUCUCUGCGCUGGCAAAAGCCCUUGUCCUGCAAGCCGAAACCGAAAUCACCGCAGAAAAGCGCUCCGCCAUCCCUCUCGCUGAAGUUACAUUCAACUGUCUCGAACGGCUCGAAGGAUUUUCCGAAGUCCUUUUCGCUAAAAUUACACAACGAAUUGGACCUUGGGCUUUACCCUGUCCUAUUCCUGAGAAGGAUUUCGACGAUCGGCCGUGGAAGGAUAAUCAAGAGGUGAGGCGAAUCCAAGGGUUUCGCUCGGGCGAGGACGGUGUAAUAGAAACGCAGUCGCAGUACACCGAUCGGGUGAAGGGUGUGAUGCGGUUGUAUUUUUCAGUGCUGAAGAUUACACCGAAGAAAGCACCAUUGAAGAAGAUGUUCCAACUACCGAGGUAUUGGACGUGGAUGGCUCGACUGCUUGGGUCGAAAACGUUGUUGGCAACGGCAGUGGGUGCUGAAGUUCUUUUCGUUGCCCUCGAAGUACUAGGAGCGGAUGCCUUACAAAUAUGGGGAUACCAAUUCGUGAAGAUGCUUCGUGUGAUAUAUGAUGCAUCUACCGAUGGUUUGGGUGGUGGUAAAGUCCUUGGUGGGACCACUCCUGACGGUAUUGCUGCUCGAGCUCGGGUCAAGUUAGAGGUCGAAAGUAUCAUGAAAGGGGGACAAUAA